CGCAUUGAAAAUUUAAACGUCAACGGACGAGUUGGCCUUUUGUUAACCUAAAAUUUAUUAUUUUCAUAGUUAAGGUCAUUAUUACGUUUUGGUGUUGUGCUUUAAAGUUUAAAUGUAGUUUACAAAAAGAACGGAAAAAAUCGGUGAGGGGAACCAACAAUGGGGAAAAGUAGGCAGGUGCCCAAGAUAUGCGUUAUGUGUAGAAUCGACGUAAACGAUGAAAUAAAAUUUGGAAAAUUAUAUAAAUUGAAAAACGUCUGGGUCCAUUAUUAUUGUUUGUUGCUAAGCGAAACCAUCACCCAAUCUGGAGAAGAUGAAGAAGGCAUUUUGGGUUUCCUGCAUUCAGAUAUUACUAAAGAAGUAGGACGAUCGAAAUCAAAAAAAUGUUGUUAUUGUAAUAAAAUGAACGCUUCAUUAGGUUGUGUGCAUAGGCAUUGUAAUCGGAAAUUUCACAUGUAUUGCGGUUAUUUAAAUAAUGCGAUGUUUCAUUUUACAAAGUUCACUACUCAUUGCAAUUUGCACACGAAACCUUCAAAUUUACCAGCAUCUAUUAAGAAAUCGCUGAAAGAUUAUUAUUGUUUGAUAUGUUUAGAUGAUUUUCAUGAAAAGACGAAGCCGUCUCAGGUUUAUUGGGCUAGCUGUUGUAAGUCGCGAGUUCUUUUGCACAUUGAUUGUUUAAGGCAAAUGGCGCUUAAUGCUGGAUAUUUUACAAAGUGCCCUGGUUGCAAUAACAACACAGAUUUUAUCGAAUCGAUUCGAAUGUGGGGAGUUUUCGUGCCAGAACAAGACGCCUCGUGGGAACUAGAUCGCAAUGCUUUCUCUGAUUUGCUAUACGUUCAUGACACCUGCGACUCUCUCAAAUGUCUUUGUCCAGAUGGAAGAAAUUUUAGUACCGACAAAGGAAAGUGGAAAUUGAUAUUAUGCAAGACUUGUGGCUCUGUUGGAACUCAUGUAGGUUGCACAGAAUUUAAGCGACGAUUUUUGUGUGACGUUUGCACAUUGAGCGGAGAGGAAAAUACCACAAUCGACGAUCCACCCCAACCGGAGCAAACCAAUGAAGAUGAAUUUAUAGACAUAGAAAUUUUAGAUCGAGAUUAUUUCACUGAUUGCGAAGACAACAACUCAUCCUUUCAAGAUGAUUGCGAGAACGUAGAACCAUUACCAAACCCUAACAGAACAGAAGAAAAAAAAACAACUAACCCUGAAAGAGGUGUAUCUGAACAAAACGUUCGAAAGAGAUCCUUUCAGGAUAUAACAAAUAGUGGCGAUCAAGAAGUAAAUGUAAGCUUUGCUAAAAAAUUCAAAGACAACAAUGUAAGUCACGAAGAAAUCGAACAUUUGACUACAAUUGAGGAAAAUUCAUUGUCCUUACUACAACAUACGGAAACUCUUGAACCUGAAACUGAAAUAACAGCUCAACAAAUACCAUUGGAUGAUGACAGUGAGGUUGAAUUUGUUAGUUAUACGCAAGUAGUAGACAGUUCGCCUAAAAUACCACUGCAUGCAAAUAGUGUCGAAUUAUUCUUAAAUAGUGUCAUUUCUAAACCCCCAUGUUUACAGAAACGUAAUUUUCUUAAAAUUUGUGAAUCGCCACAUAAGGUCAAAAGGAAUCGCAAGUCAAAGCUAAAUCGUUCUUUAAACCAGAUAAAAAAUGAAAAGAAAUCUGUUCAACUCAGCUUAGAAAACUUCAUUACAAGAACUAAAGUAUGAUUAAACAGAUUUAUGGGGUUUCAUAAGUAUUUAAUAACUUGUGGCUUUAAUAUACAACAUAGACGAUAGAUUAAAAUGCAUGUACAGAAGUCGUAGAUUGUAGUAUUUUAUUUUAUCUACUGAUAAAAACUAUGUUAGUGUUAUUUUUAAUUAUUUUAGGUAAACCUAAUAGUGAAUUAUGAAGUGGAAGUGAUGUACAGAUUUACUGUAUAUGUGAGUUAUACAUUUGCUAAAAUGUAUUCUUGACCACGUACAUCUCUAUAUUUAAGUGCAUUUGUUGCAUAUUCAAGUUAAAAAAAAUUUAAUUGGUUAAAUUUCUAUUCCAUCUGUUCUUCACAAACAAAUAUUUCAAGUCGUCCAAAUUUUAUUGUUUAUUGUAUUUGUUACUGUUACCGCGUCUGUAAAAUUGAUUUUAAGAAUGUAUUACAAGCAUUUCUGUAUAAUUUUAUAAAGUGUUUUUAUAAUAAAAGUAAAGCAAAGAUUGUAUUGUAUUUUUCAGACAGUUGAAUAAUCUAAUAAUAAUCUGGGACAAUGGAAUUUGUGGUUAGUUUAGUACAGAGGGAUGUGGUUGUAAACACUAUUCCGUCAGUUGUGAAGAUGUGCAAUCUGCAUUUAGAAAUAAAAUUGUCAAAUGAGUAAUUGAUCCGCCGUAUUUAAUACGUUCUUUUUAUAUUGAUAAUGCAAAAUACAUCAUUAUAUCUUGUUAAUAAUUUUAAUUUCAUUUCUUUAUUUAAAAUGAUUUGACAUAUUUUAAAUGUGGUGCGCUUUCUUUUCUUUUUGUUCCCACUGGUAUACUAAAUUAAUCUACAUAAAAGUUAUCUAUAAAAAAGGUUCUACUUAUACAUUUUUUUGCUAGGAUCAAUGCUCAAGGAGAUAUGGAGGUGGGAGGGGGUGUACAAUUUUAGAAAGUUUUAAAAAAAAAAAAAGAAAUGUUUUAAGUUAAAUAUAACAUGUUUAUUGUUAAAAAUGAAGUGAUUAGUGAAUUAAUUAUGUAUCUUGACAAUUAAAUAAUUAAUUUUUCAACAAUAACAAGUUUGCUGAAGUGGUUUUCGCAACUAGAGAGCAACACGUUGAUUUUCGGGUAUCAAGGCAAACAAGAGAUUCACGAGAUCGAGCUAAGAUUCACGAAUGGUUCAAUGACCAUCCCCCUUUUCCGAAGUUGGAUUCGCUAAUGUCGCUGUCAUCGGGCAUCUUGGGAAGUUCCAAAAUAAACUGCCACCAAGCCCUCGAUAUUGGAACCAAAACAAUGCAAAGUUUUAUUGGCAGCAAAUUCGGUGACAUGAAGCAAUCUAAAAAGAAUGUGGUUUUGUCAAUAGCCAGUAUAAGUAACACUGUAAAAAUUAAUGGUGAGAAAGUGCGAGUAUUAACCCCCUGACAAUUUUUCAACGAACUGUCAUAGUAAAAAAGAACGACAGCGAUGUAGCAGAGCUUUUAGCAUAUGAAUUAACUCCAUACCCCUUGGUUCUGUUCAACGAAGGCGGAAUGCGAAAAGGGAAAAAAUCAGCCCUCUAUGAUGUUUUGCCGGCAGAGGACAACGCAACCCUCGAUCUCACCCAGAGCACCGUUGUAGUAGAUGGCGGUUUCCUCCUCCACCGUGUGAAGUGGAAACAGUCCUCCAACAUUUUAUCAAUUUCCCAACAGUACAUUGCCUAUGCACAAAAACAUUACGGUGAAAAUUGUAUGGUGGUUUUUUAUGGUUAUAGUCAUGUCGACAGCACAAAACGAGCGGAGCAGAAGCGAAGAGGGAUCUCAAAAACUUCUGUUGACAUCAACUUUCAAGAAAACACGACCAUCACAGUUCAACAAGAGCAUUUUCUUGCUAAUGAAAGAAACAAAACAAGGCUGAUUCACCUUGCUCAGUGAGAAAAUGACAGCAGCAGGAAACUACUAUAGCUACAGGGGAUGCUGACGGCACUAUUGUGAGGUGCGGGUUGGAUAAAGCUGCUGUACAUCCAACUGCAGUAAUAGUUGGGGAGGAUGUGGACUUGAUAGUUCUCCUCAUUGGGUUGGCACCACAAUCAACCAAUAUAUACUUCAUGAAGCCAGGCCGUGGUAAUGUGGAGACCAAAUUGUUUUCAGUGCGGCAACUUCAACAACAUCCGGUCGCCAAAACGAUUCUCCUUCUCCAUAGCUUCUCCGGAUGCGACACUACCUCGGCGGUACAUGGGAAGAGUAAAGUGGGAAUAGCUAAGCUUUUCAAGGAAAAUCCUGGCCUUACUCAAGACAUGUCCACAAUAUUUAAAGAUCCCUCAACAUCACCUGAGGAUAUUGAAGAGGCUGGUGAGAAACUUUUCCUGGCUAUAUACAAAGCGCCUGCUCAUCAAAAUAAUCUAAACGAACUUAGAUACUCAGCAUUUUUAAAAGCUGCAAUGAAGCCCAAGUCAGAUAUGGCCACUCUUCCGCCUACCAAAGGAGCUUCAAAGCAACACUCGCUCAGAGCAUACCUACAGAUACAACAGUGGCUCGGAAACCCCCUACCCCCCAUACAAUGGGGUUGGGUCAAGGGAAAAGAUGGUAUCCUUAACCCAGUUUACACGAAAGACCCUGUGGCACCCGAAUCCAUUCUGAAAAUGAUCUUUUGUCGAUGCAUGACUGGGUGUGGGGUGCGCUGCGGUUGCCGAAAGGCAGGGAUUACCUGCUCCGGUGCCUGUGGAUGCCUCGGCUCAUGUACGAACGGAGCCCCCGUCGAAGAAAGCAUCGAUGAAGAUUUAGAUUUUGACGAAAUUUAAUUGUCAAGAUAUAUAUAAUAAUAAUUCAUUCACUAAUUACUUCAUUUUCAGCAAUGAA